UUGAAGAUAUGCUGGGUGAUCAGCAGUCAGGACAACAAGAUAACAGCACAGCAGGGAUCAUUAUUUUUAACAACUGGGACUGCGGCGACGGCGACGGAUAUCACAACUACGUCUGGAUUUGUCCUCUGCGUUAUCACGACAGGGAAACACGCCUUUGAUUAAAUCAGUUUUUUUUUUGAUGGGAGAAAAGGACCUGCUUGGGAUUUGGAACUCCUGUGGAAUAACGUCCAGCUAUCCUCGCUAACAUGCGACUCUGCGUCUGAAAUAGCACCAGAACGGGACCCCUGGAUGUACCUAGCAGCAUAGACACACACACACCGAAGGAGUCCAGUGCGUACAGACAACCGCGUACCCUAAUGUUGCCAAAGCUAUGCGGCGCUUUCGUUUUGCGGAGCUACCCGGUUAGCUAGCUAGCUCGUCGGCUCGUUGGUGCUGCUGCAAGCCGGGGACGCGGCCCUUAAGGUCGGCGUGCGCGCUCACGCCAUGCCGGUGGUCGGAAGGGCCUUACUGGCAGUGGCAGUUUCCCUCAGCUAUCUUCGGCUAGAUGUAGCGGGGCCCCGAAAGUUCCACGUAUUAGAUUAGUCGCAGGGAUAUUUGUGUUUAAAUUUGAAAACAGCCAUGCGAUACAACUGAAAACAAAACAUACGGAGAGGAUUGGUUAGAUCGGAGCAUCUUCUGCAAGCUCCACAUGUAAACAAGCCUGGCAAGUGUGUGUGUGUGUGAGAGAGAGAGAGUCUGUGGUUGAAGGCUAGCACUAAAUAUUCGAGUUAAUCCUUUGUUGUCUGUAACACUAGUUCUAGGUGUUAAAGUUGAGCUCCGAGUGAUUCCGUUCAAUUCAGUAAUGGGCUUAAAAGUCGUGGAUGUUGUUGAUCUGCAGCGCUGUCAGACAUAUCAGCCAUUCAUUCAUGAUUGAUGACCCUUGAGGAAGCAGACUGUCUGCCAUCCAUUUCCACCACAGCGAAACCACAACGUGAAGCCACUAACACUUUCUGUGCCUCCAAUGUUGUUGGGGGCACAUUUUCAGCACCCAAGGAGCUUCAAGGACUGAUCAAAGCCCAACAGAGAGCCCCAUUGUGUGGACUACCAACUGAACGGGGAAAGAGAUGGUGAUGAUAAGAGAGGCCCAGUGACUGUGUUUGAUCCCACACCAGGAAGCAGAGGAGUGCAGACAUGAGCCUCCGCCAGCCCACAUCCACCCUGGACAGCCCUUUUGCUGCUUGGCUCAACAGUUUCACAACUGGCGAUUCGGAGCGCAGAGCCCCUGCCAGCCAACAGAGAGAGGUGACUAUAGACGAGAGUUCAAGUCCUGGUCUGGUCCACAGAUGUGUGGUGGUGCAGAAGGACCAGCUCGGUUUCGGCUUCACCGUCUGCGGAGAGAGAGUCAAGCUUGUGCAGAACGUCCGACCAGGUGGCGCUGCAGUCAAAGCUGGGGUCCAUGAGGGGGACCGGAUCAUCAAGGUGAAUGGUUCACCGGUCUCCACCAUGACUCACCAGGAAGUGGUAAAGCUCAUAAAAUCCGGACCGCACGUCGCCCUAACACUACAAGGACCGCCCACGUCUGCCACCUCCGUGCCCUUGGAGCCUCUCCCAUCAGACCCUACGCCCAAUCAGAGGUCUUCCCUGGCUGGGGAGGGUCCGCCCCCUCCUCCACCUCUACCCUCCGGACUGGGCAGCACCCCAUCACAAAGAAUCACUGGACCCAAACCGCUACAGGAUCCAGAAGUGCAAAAACAUGCAAGUCAGAUACUCAGGAAAAUGUUGGAGCAGGAAGAGGCUGAACUCCAGGACUUCAUGGAGGAAUUUUCGAAGAACCCGUCGCCGUCGCUGGAGGAGCGGAUCGAGAGCGCCAAGAGGAGAGCUCACCAAGUCCGGGUCAAGAUUCAGAAUCAGGAGGGAACGGGAUCAGAAUCUGUCACAAACUACAUCCAAGCAGGAGAAGGACGGCUGUCGAUGGACUCCAGUGAAGGAGACUUGGAGGCCUUUGAGAGUCCCAGCUCCUCCCCCUCAUUACCCUUCAGGACCCCCUGUCACCGACGCCAGAACUCGGACACACACACCCUGUCUGACACGGGUGUCAAAGCCCAGAUCAUCAGCCCUGAGGAUGAAGAUGAAGAUGGUGAUGGUUAUGCCUUCAAUGAGAUGGACGGUCCCUUCCAGGACAUCGAGUUGUUGAAGUCACGGCCGGCACACAUGACGGUGUUCAUGAGAUACGUCUUCAGCCAGCUGCUGGACCCAAACCCUCUGCUGUUCUACCUGUCUGUAGAGGCGUAUUUAGGCUCCUCCCCUAAAGACGCCCGCGCACUCGCGCCUCAGAUCUGCUCCCACUUCCUGGAUCCUGAUGCUCCCUUGAAAAUCAAAGUGCGUGAGGAAUUUCUAACAGAAAUAGAGAACCGCCUUCACGCCCAGGAGGACAUCAGAGGGCCUCUGUCUGAGCUGCAGCAGCAGGUUCUGCCGGACAUCCAGGACCAGAUUCAAGACUACAGGAACAAGCAGAUGAUCGGUCUGGGCUCCCUGUUUGGAGAAGGAGAUCUGCUUCAGCUGGACGGAGACCCCCUGAAGGAGAAGCAUGUGGUGGACAGACAGGUCGCCGCUCUCUGGGAGAUUCUAUCAAAGCAUGAAGAGGACAGAAGCUCUCCUCUGGCCUCGGCUGUCCUCCUCUACCUGCGACACUCCGGCAUCAAGCUCAGAGACUCCAAGGUCUUCCUCGGCCUGAGCACGGAGAAGGACAAGUGGCUGGCUUUUCUAAAACCCAAAAAGACAAGCAGCACAAAGAAAGAGAAAGAUGGAGAGGAUAAGAAGAAAAACCCCAUCCUGAAGUACAUCGGCAAACCCCGGAGCACAUCUCAGUCCACAUUCCACGUCCCGUUGUCACCCACAGAAGUGCGUUCCGGCAGCGUGAGGAACAUCAUUCAGCAGUUCGAGAACCACACAGAGCUUCCAGGAGAGGAGGACGGGGAUGCUGUGGACCCCCAGAGGUUGUCCUCCAGCAGCCUGGGAGAGGAAGGCAUGGACAGUCCCACGGUCUUGGUGCGUCUGGGGCGCAGCGGGUCGCUAAAGGCUCAGGGUGAAGACCGCCGGCGGGGCACUGUCUCCAGCGGGGACUCGGUGCCCCGCUCUCGCAGCGACGUGGACAUGGAGGACUGCGAGGAGAGGGACCAACCGGGCCUCCGGCUGCUCCAGCACAGCGCCUCGUCAUCCGCGUCCAGCAACUCCGCUAGGUCUCUUGAGAACCCUACACCCCCAUUCACCCCUCGGUCCAGACGCAGGAGUGUGGACUCACAGCUGGCCCUGCUGCCAGACGCCGCGGUGCUGGAGGACGAGGUGUGUGACGGUCAGAACUGGAGGGACACGGUUCCUCCUGAGCUCCUGGCGACCCUCAGCCCCAGGGAAGUGGAGCGGCAGGCCGUCAUUUACGAGCUGUUCACCACUGAGGUGUCCCACCUUCGGACCUUACGGGUUCUUGACAAGGUUUUUUACCGGAAGAUGAGAUCUGUGCUGAACUCAGAGGAGCUGGCCUGCAUCUUCCCAAACCUGCCUCAGGUCUACGAACUCCACGCGAGUCUUUGUGAGGAGAUGAAGAAGCGAAGAGAGAGCCCCAUCGUUCAGAACAUCGGAGACGUCAUGCUGGCCAAGGUUGAAGGCGCAGCUGGGAACGAGUUCCAGGAGCAGGCGUCGCAGCUGUGCUGCCAGCAGACUCAGGCUCUGGAGCUCAUCAAGAACAAAAAACGGAAGGAUCAACGCUUCGCCCAAAUCAUCCAGGAGUGCGAGGCGAGUCCUCAGUGUCGGAGGCUGCAGCUCAAAGACCUGCUGGUGUCUGAGAUGCUGAGACUCACCAAGUAUCCUCUGCUGCUGGACAAGAUCAUCAAAUACACAGAGGGCGGGUCAUCGGACCUCCCGUCGCUGCAGCGCGCCCAAGCUUGUUGCCGAGGCAUUCUGAAGGCAGUCAACGAGGACGUGAGGGAGACGGAGCAUCGUCAGCGCCUCAGUCAGUACCAGCGCCGGCUGGACGUCGCGCCGCAGUUGAAGAGUCUGGACCUCACCGCGAAGAGAAUGAUUCACGAAGGUCCUCUCGUCUGGAAGAUCGGCAAAGACAAGCAGAUAGAGAUCCAAGCGCUGCUGCUGUCGGACUGCCUGGUCCUCCUCCAAAAAGGCCCCGACGACCGGCUGCUGCUCCGUUAUCCGUCCCGCUGGAUGGGAGGAGGAGGAGUGGUCAUCGCCGACAACAAGACCUCCUUCAGUCCCCUGGUGAAGCUGGACUCGCUGCUCGUCCGCUCCGUGGCUACGGACAAAAAAGCGCUGUACAUCAUCAGCACCAAAGAGACGCAGAUUUACGAGCUGGCGGCGGGGUCGCCGUCUGAGAAAGACACCUGGAAGGAUUUACUUGAAAAGACCAUCAAAGCUUUAGAUCCACAGAGCAAUCACGGAUCACUUCCUGUGUCUUCUUCCAGCCUACGCAGCAGUUCACCAGCCUUAACUGAAGUCCGUUCUGCAGAGGAGCAGUCGGAGUUUAUCGGGAGCCACGGCACCGCUGACGACGGCAUGCUGGGUGACCAUCUCGCCGACCAACCUGAAGCCAACAGCAGCGAAGAGGAGCGGGCAGCGGGCGUGGCCGAAGCGGCUCUGCACGACGUGGAAACGCUGCGGCGGCUCCUGCUGCCGGACGUGGACGAGGACCGGAGGAGCCACGAUACGGACGACACCCCCACCAACACCAUGAGCAACGGGAACGCCGACAGACGACGGCAGGACUCCCUGGAGACCGUCCUGGACCUCUGCCUGAGUGAGCCGCGGCCCAGGCAGCCGGAGGCUCCGCCCCCAGAAAGCAGGCAGACCAGCGCCAAGGUGGUCCGGCGAGCUGUGGUUGCGGGUGCUCCUCCUCCUCCUCCUUCUCCUUCUGCCCCUGAUGGCACCGCCGGCGAUGUUAGCCUCCCCUCCGAUCUGUCGUCACAGUCUAGAGGCGAGGCCGACACGCAGGGGAACCUCUUCUACCUGGUGAUGCCGAUAGACCAAGGAGAGAGCGUCACUGACGACCUCCCUGACCCUCCUACACCCACCGCCAGCCACUUUCCUCAACCUCCACAGGACGUGUCGUCAUCACAGACUCAACCGGAUGAGGAAAAAGAAGAAGAAGAAGUAGUGGCGGCCAGCUGCCCGGAGUUCAUCCAAUCAGAUUCAGAAACUAUGCAAACGGAGGUAGAGUUGGAGGAAGGCGAUAAUGACAAUGACGGUGAGGAUGAGGAAACGGGCCCAGCGGCACAACAGAGUCACGUGAUCAGAAACGCGGAUGAGAUUUUUCUCACCAUCGAGGGCUUGAUGAGCAAGUUGCACAAGCUGAAGGAAAUCGAGAAGGCCCAUCACAAGCUGCUAGACUCUCUCAGAGAUCCCUCCCUGAGCCAGGAGUCGGAGGACCAGCCGUGUUGCUCUGCAACCGUCUCCAGGACGCCGUCCAUGGACCGCAGCUCAGGAGACGGUAAGGAGGGAAACCCGGGAGAUCUCAGAAUCCUCUCAACCGGAUUCUGAGUGGAUUCGCUCGCUGUCGACUGAUCUCCACACGCGUCUGUAGGCUGAACACUAAAACGGCCGGCGGACCUAAACACACAUCUCAUUUUACAAUGGGAGACGGCACGAUGGAGAUAGAUUAUUAUUUUCCAAGGAUGGAAGUCUGGAGAGAGUGAGACAGAGAGAGAGAGAGAGAGAAAUGGGAAGAAAAAACAGACAGAAGAAGGAAGUUUGAAGAACUUGAAGUUUUUGGGGGAGAAAAAAAAUGACCAAGUUGGAUUCUUGUGAAGGAAAAAAAAAGAGACUUUUUACGUUGUGUUUUGUAGACCUGGUUGAAGAAGCGGAGCAGAGAAGUGUUGAAAUGUUAAUGUAAGGAAAUGUUCCUAGGGACCCGUCACCCCAGCACUUUACCCAUAAUGCAUCUCUCCCCCCAAACACAGCGCUCCCCAGUCGCGUUCGGACCCGACUGGGGAGCAAGACGACAGUAUGUUUCACGGCCGAAGGACUGUGUCUGAGUAAUUCAGGUCUUUUUUUUUCUUUUCUUUUCUUUUACUUAUUGCACUGCGUAAGAAAAACCAUAAGUCACAUGAACACAAGGACCACUCAACUCACUAAAUCACUGUGGAAAACCCUUUGGUUUCAGCUUUCAGUGAAGCUACAGGAAGGUAAAACUGUUGCAUUAUUUCACUUUUUUUUUUUUUUUUUUUUUUUGCUUUGUGGAAACACUACUGCUCCAUUUACUACUGAAGAAACAAAAAGCAGGUAGGUUUUAAUUUUCUUGCUUCCACGGCGUAAAGGGAUCUCCGCAGACUCACACAGCUGCUCACAUCAUGCCAGGUUGCAUUAUUCGGGGAGGUUUAUAUUCAUGUGUCAUAACCAAAUUUUGGCACUGUCGGUGUUGUAUCCUACGUCUGGAGUUUGGUUUAAACAUGAGGGAAAACUUUGAGUUGUUCAUACUGCGGUAAAGUCGAGUGUAAAGUUGUUAGGGAGAAGCUUGGGAAAAAGCUUUGGGAGAAAAAACUAUUUUUUUAUCUUCCAGUAAAUACACUUGGUUUUGUGCAUGUUAGCCUGUUAGCUUAAAUCUGGAAGAAGUCACAUGUAAAAGAAAUUUGAGAAAAAAAAUAACAAAAUACACCCGUGAGUACCUCAGAAGCUCACUUGUUUACUUUAUACAGAUAAUAACCCAACGCAUCAUAAUGUGGUAGUUACUGUUAGCUGUGAAUUUCAGUACAUUUUCAACAGAACUUGCUCAAUGCUUUGCGUUAGCGGCGUGGUUCUGGUUUUGUGAAGUAGGGUUCUGUGCAGUCGGUACUUGAUGCAGACUGAAAACAAGCCUUUUGGGUUUUCAUAUUUUUGAUAAGUCAUUGGUAGCAGAUCAACUAUUGCACUUGCAAAUGUCAAACGCAAACGUAGCAGCUGUUUAGGUGUGAGCAACAACCGCUACAUUUUUUGAGAUUCUGGUUUUUAUAUUAUGGCGGGAAUUUACUUUAGUCUACAUCCAUCUUUGAUUAGUGUUUGGAUCGUAUGUGACCCAGCUGCAGGUCGGAUACUGACCACUCAUAACUGCUUCACAUUACCCCCACUGAAAAGGGAAAAAAAUGGCUGACAUUUUUCUACACAAUUAUACAAAUAUCAAGCUUGAAGCAGUGAUGAUUACCAGCAUAAUUAUUAUUUUUAUUUGUUUAUAAUUUUUCCAUUUUUUGGCGUGUAACUAAUACAAGUUUGAGCAACCUCCUGCUAAAACGUUUCCUCAUAUUAGCAUUUCACAUCAAAUUACACUUUCGCCAUUUUCACCCAUUUUGGUCUAUCCUACUUCCGGAAAACCACAAAAAAAGACAUUUCAUACCCAUAUAACUAAAACUAUAUAUCGUUUUAUUUAUACAUAAUCUUAAAAAUGAUCAAGUCAAAGAGGGUACGAACUGACACAGUCAGUAAAUGGAAGUGGGGUGCAUAACUAAAAUUAAAAACUUAGGAAAUGGCGAAGAGGCCAAGCGACAAGCACACGUCAGCAUGUAGCAUCUAGCUACAUCCAAGUAAAAUCCGACGUUAGCAUUUAGCAUCAAGCUACAUCCAAGUAAAAUCCGAUGUUAGCAUUUAGCAUCAAGCUACAUCCAAGUAAAAUCCGACGUUAGCAUGUAGCACCAAGCUACAUCCAAGUAAAAUCUGACAUUAGCAUGUAGCAUCAAGCUAACGGUGAGCUUGCUGAAGAUUUAUGUUGUUUACCUUUAUAUGCCUGGUGUAAAGACAAAAACUAUUCCUGGAGCUCCCUUUGGAGUUUUUUUGUUUUGUUGUUAUUUUAAUUUUAUUUAAUAUAUGUAAAUAAAAUUAAAUUAGUUUGGUACUGGGUGAGACCUGAACGCAACAUCAAGAGACGCUAAAACCAAGUGCUUUUCUCCUUUAUUAUUUUAAUCAAAUCUCACUAAUACAUGCUACAUAUUCUUUUCUUACUAAUUUAUAUUUUUUCUUUACAUUUCUCACAGAGGUUUAUCCAAAACUCACUGGAAGGGUUUAUUUCUGAGCUGUUAUUAUUAUUGGAAGUGAUCUCCAUCUUCCAAACACACUGCAGCGUCCUCCAGUGUGUUGUCAGAAAUUGGUUUCCUUUCUGGUGGCGUUUACACUCUCUGAAGGAAGAACAGGAAGGUGGUAGCAUGUGUAUACAUAUAUGAAAUGAAGCUGAAAUAGAAAAUUAAAAAAAGAGAGACAGAGACAAAUUUUUAUUGCAGCUGAUCCUGAAAAAACUUGCAAACGGAAAUGUUGGAAAGUGAUUUACCAAAGUGAGGUGUUGAAGGGAAAAAAUUUUUGUUUUACUUACCAUUUUUGGCUGCUGGGGAUUUUUUUUUCUCUCCAGCGUCACAUACCAGCAGUGGGAUGUUUUUGUCAGACCUCAGUUUUGAAAAUUCAGCACAAAAACACCCGCCCUCAAGAAAAAAAAAAAAAAAAAAAGAAAACCCAUGAUCCUCGCUGGUCUGAAUCAGCUGAAUCUGGAUCAGUUUCCAUCUAAAUAUCUUUCAUUUCGUCUUUUCUCCUCUCUGUCUCUACUACUCAACUAAGUGGUUGUAUUUCCUGUUUCUACCUCUACACUUUGUAUCUUCCUUUUCAUUGUAUUAACUUGUACAUUGACAUCAAUGUUGUGACCCUAACUGGCUGAAUUAAAGACAGCUCAAACUGAUUACCUUUUUUUUUUGACAAAAAAGAAUAUAUAUAUAUGUUGCACAGAUAAAUUUCCCUGCACAGUGCAAACUACUGUAUGCAUAAACACAUUAUUAAUUUCCAUAUCAUUGUCUUUAUUUGGUCUCAUCAGUCAUGUGUAAUAUAGAGAAAUCCAACCCACUUGUUUUAUAAUAUUUUUUCUGUUCUGUAAAGCCUUAGUUCUUGUAUUUGAUUUUAUUUUUGUAGACAUGAUUUUAAUAAAAGGAUGUAUAAAUUAUUUUCUGUUUUUUUUCCCUUGUUUUGUUUUGAGAGAUGGAUGAGUUUGUUAGCUGCACAGAAGGCAAGCAGAUUUUUGUUUCUGGUUUAUGUGUUUUUUGUGAGAUUAAAAUGAUGAAACUGGAAAAAGAA